AUGAACUUAACUUUUUUAGAAUGUGAAAAUAACUGGUUAGAGUUUGGUGGACAUUGUUACAUUCUACUUGAAAAGAAGUCGUCUUGGGCUGAAGCACGGAUGGAAUGUCAAAAAAUGUGUUCAUACUUGGUGGAAAUUGAGAGUACGAUGGAAGCUGAAUGGAUCUCUAAAACAUUUAUUGAUCAAGCAAACUGUGGACCAGACCGUUAUGUGUGUACAGCGUGGACGGGUUUGAAUGACUUACAUAUUGAAGGACAAUAUAGAUGGGACCAUUCGAACACACUUUUGAAUUUCUCUAACUGGUUUCCCGGCCAACCCAGUUUAGUGUCCCCAAGCAAUGCUUUAGAUAGGGAUUGUAUCGAUAUGUUGAGUAAUGGUUUUUGGAAUGACCGACCAUGUUCUUAUCUUAAUUCAGUCAUAUGUGAAAAAUCCUUCAAAAACUGAUUGAUGAAUGCAUACUUUGUGAUAAAAAAUUCAAGUUCAAUGGAAAGAAAUGAUCACUAUUGAAAAUUAUUGUCUGUUGACUUCAUUAAGGGAUUAAAAAUUGUUAGAACAAAAUGACAUUCUUAUUAAAAUAAUCCGUAUUUUUUUGUUCGAACUCUUAAAACUCUAUUGAUAACAAUUCCGUUGGUAUUACAUGUUCAUUGAUAUUGUAUUCAAAUGAAUUUGCACCCACUAUACUAAAAUUAUUUUGUAACGAGAAGGUGUGUGUACAUCAUAUGGCAUUCAGAUCAGGUAUAACAGAUAUAUUUGAUAGAGGGUAUCUAUAACUGUCAGGUGUGUUCUAAAUUAUCGCAUUAUUGCUGCGCAUUGAUUUAUUCCAUUAUAAUGUGAUUUUUCUUUAUGUCAAUGGUCGUUAAAGUUAAAGGUUCUAAAUUAGAUUAGGAUACGAAUUUAAUUGAACACAGGCUUGGUUUUGGCAAUUAUUUACUGAGAUAUUUUCUUUCAUCUCAGUUGUCAUAAAUAAUUCAUUUUCACCAAACAUGAUUUAUUUCGAAAAGCAAGAAACAUUAUGAGUUACGUAAUAAAAAUUACGAUACUCAAAAUUUAAUGGUUCCAUGUGUAUUUAGUUAUCAUUAUUUUGUUUGCAGCAUUGCCGAACAAGUUUGAAGAUUGACUUUUUCAGGCUUGUCCAGUAGAUUGUUUAAUAGUUUAAGCGGAACGGUUUGGUUAGUGACGACUUUUUACUGAGGGUGCAUUGUUUAUUACUUAAUUAUUGUAUAGAUUUAAUCCUCGACAUUUUAGAAUCUUUGCUAGUUGAUUGACUGAACAAAAUAGCAUUUUUUUUGUAAAUUCUAUAUGUUUUACUUCAAGGACCUCCUAGUAUGUAUGUAACGGUGUGGUGUUUGCACGUAAAUAUAAUCUAGAUUUUUAUUGAUUCUAUGAUCAAUAAGUGAUAAACUCUGCCGUGUCAUAUAUUUGUAGGACUUUGUACUAAGACAUUCGUAACGGGAAAUUAUAGUUACUUGUCGCGCAUGAUGAAGCGAUACCACGCAAAUGGUGUAAAAAAAGAGUUUAUAUAAUUAGACUAUGAUUUUUAAUAGCUUGUCAACGUUAACUUAUUAGUUCCACUACAGCGCGAUACUAAAUCACCUCGGCCACGGAUUUCGUUCAUUGGUUUCUUGCACAUUGUAGAUUAAUUAGUGUUUUUCGUUUAUUGCCUAGUUGGGAAGGAUUGACUUUUCUUACAAUAUAGAACACAGGCAAAAGAAAAACAGAUGAAAGUAUUGAAUGAUUAAAAAUUAAAAGAAAGGAAAAUACACCUAAUGAUCAAAGGGUUAAUGUCUUGUUGUAACAUUCUUUGAAUUAAACAUUUCUUAACU